AAUAUUAGGCUAUUACAAAAUCAUUUGUGUUGUUCCUGAGUUACAAUAAUAAUAUCAGUAUUUUUUACUGAUAUAGCGCGCUCCGUACAAUUCAAGAAUAAAAAAAAUUUAGUUGACAAAACGCCUAUUGGAGCGCUGAAGGAAGUCAUAAUUUGGAUUUUGUGAGAGCAACGGAUUUUCUGCAUCAUCUGCAUCUGCAUCUGCCAUCUGUACAAUGUGCUUCUGCAUCGGCUGACUCGUCGUCGACUCGUCGUGCUUUGUAACAUGUCGUCGCUUGUUCAUUCACUAUCCUAAUAUUAGGAUGUUUUGAUAAAUUUAAACCUAUUCACUAAGUUUUUUUUGUGUUCUAAAAAUUGUUUAAAAACUUUCCAAAGUCAUUUUGGAACUUUCAAUUUUUUGAGUUUCAAACUUGUGUCUGUACCUAAAACUUAAACCUAUAUUCAGUAUUCAGUCAAGUGUUGAUUCUACAACGUUUAUUAUUACCCAAAGGUGGUGUUGAAUUUUCAAAAUAUUGUGAACUAGCUAGUGAUCUUCUAUUGUGAACUAUUGUUAUCUUCCAAUUUUACUAUUGAGUAUAUCUUUGAAUGAAUAAAUAUAUUUUGUUAUUCAGUGUUUUUAUAAGACUUUGCAAUGAUUAGAUUCUAUACUUUAUUGAGCUGAUUAUAGAUUCUUGUAAGCUCAUAAUAAUUUAUCUAAUUCAAAUCAAUGGAUGUAUUAGUAAACCAAAUUAAUCGUGGAAAUGUUCCCUCUAAAAUUAUGUACAGUAUGGAUCCAAAGAUAUGGCAUAGUUGCAGCAGUAUUCAUAGUCCUAACAUUUCUGGUAAUUUUUACAUUGAAGAACAAUCAUGAAGCAAAUAAUUCGCAUCAAGAAAAGAAAGAAAUUCGUAAAGUGUCGGGUUUCCAAGGAGCUAAUAAGCUGAACGAUGAUGCAGCCGAAAGCAUUUUAGUCCCCAAAAUACCUAGUGAAUCUGAGCUGAAACAGAGAUGGAUCAGUGAUAAAGUGAAUCGAUUAUCUAAGAGAGUAAAAAAUUCAAAUCUUGCAAAAUUAGCCUUUGUGAGGCCGUCUAUUAAACCAAACUACAAUGUUCAUGUGUUUUAUUAUCCUUGGUAUGGAAAUCCGGAACACGAUGGAGAAUGGUUACACUGGAAUCACGAGUAUUUACCUAAUUGGAAAAAAGAAGAUUUUAAAAUUUAUCCAACUGGAAGACAUAAGCCACCAGAAGAUAUAGGCUCUAAUUUUUACCCAGCUCUGGGCUGCUACAGCUCUAGAGAUCCAAACAUUAUUGACAAACAUUUGAAACAGAUUCAUGAUGCUGGAAUAGGCGUUCUAGUCGUCUCGUGGUAUCCUCCGAAUGAGAAAGACACGUCAGAUGACUUCUUUAUGGUUUUGCUGGAUGCGGCAGCCCGCCAUAACCUGCACGUGGCGCCCCAUUUGGAGCCCUAUGAGGGGCGCAACGCUAUCAAUCAGCUCACUCACCUCAAGUACUUCCUUAACAAGUAUGCAAAUCAUUCUGCGCUUCAUCGUAUGUCGUUGAGGGAAAAGCUCUUACCUGUUUUCUACAUCUACGAUUCUUAUAGAAUCGAUUCAAGCGCCUGGCGUGAACUAUUCAGUGUGAAUGGUCAGCUGAGUGUUCGAGAUACCAAGUAUGACGGAGUAUUUUUCGGCUUACUGGUCGACUCACAACAUUGCUCGGAGAUUAAGAAGUCACAUUUUGAUGGUUUCUACACGUACUUCGCGAGCAACGGCUUCUCGUACGGCUCGUCGUGGAAGAACUGGUCGCUGCUUGCGCGCUACGCGCUGGACAACCGGUUGCUGUUCGUGCCGUCGGUCGGUCCCGGCUACGUGGACACGCGUGUGCGAGCGUGGAACGCGGCCAGCAGCCGCCAUCGUCGUCACGGCAACUACUACGAGGUGGCCUGGCGAGCGGCUCUGGCCGCACGGCCGCCCCUGCUUGCUAUCACCUCCUUCAACGAGUGGCACGAGGGCACACAGAUUGAGCCUGCCCGCCCUCGCCCCGACUACAUGGACUACGAGCCCGAGGGACCCGACUUCUACCUCAACUUGACCAACUACUGGAUCAGGCAGUAUACUAGUCAAUAACACAUCUAUCUAUUCAAUCUUAGAAAUAGAAUUUCAUGACACAUGUUCUGUAACGCAUCAGUAUGAUUGUUUCUGCCCGGAACGUAGUUGAGGGCAGAAACAAUCAUACUUAUACGGUAGAAAUAUAAUAUAUAUAUUAUAUGGGUUAGUCACAAGAAAAAUGUUGAAAAAUACCAUAGCAGUGUUGUGGUAGCCAACCUUUUUCUCAUGACUGAACAAUUUCAGUUCAAUGUACAAUCACAUUGACAACAAAUUUCAUUUUAAAAACUUUUUUUUAGUCUGGCCACUAACGGUAGAACAUGCAUGAUAAACAUGCGCACACAUGUUACAUGCAUGUUUUGUCAUCAGCAAGAGACUUCCAAUAUAAUAAACAACCAAAAACCAUAAAUGAGCCACUGGAAAAUUACAAAUUAUAAUGAUAGAAAAAUAAUUUAACCUCAAAUAGAGCAGCGAAGAAAAAAAUAAACAACAGAAAAUCUGAGAUAAAAAACCUAACCUCAAAAAAUUUAGUACCGACAAAAGCAGAUAUCAUCUUUUAAUAGACUGAAUACGAGCAUUGCAAUUUCUCUGUCUCACAUUUCAGAUAUCAAUGUUAUUCUUCUUUUCCUAAACCUUCUGCCUCUCAGCGUCGGGUGGUUUUCAAGCCUCGGUCCAUCCUCUCCACACCCCACUAUCCUCCCACAUAUUCCUCAUUUCCUACCAUCUCUUCCCUCUUGCCAAUCCCAGUCUCUCCAUAUAUUCCACCUCAGGUCAGCCUCUGGGUCUUCUCCCUUCAGGUUUGGCUUCUGAUACCCGUUUCAUUUGUCUUUCCUCCCUUGCUCUUCCCGCGUGCCCCAUCUUCAUACUCUCUUACUUAAUUCAUUUCUUUCACCAGAUUUCUAACUCUUGCGUCUCAGUCUUCCCAACAUAACCUUUCUCUUAUUCACAUUCAGUGUCACGCCUUUCCUCUUCAGUUCCUCCUUCCAUUCUAUUAUGGUACCUACUUUAGAGUUUCUCUUUGGUGUCUUCUAUGAGUAUAGAGUAGGGCCUGAGCCAUGAUGCAGUCUCCAGUAUGCAUGCCACUGUUGCUCUUUGAGUCCGUCUUUUACAAAUUUGAUGGGCCUCAUCCAUAAAAAUCAUUAUUAAUAAUAGACUCAAAGUGUAUCCAUGUUUUAUUACUUUCGUAUUGUAAAAUUGAUCGGAUACUACUCCAUUCAGUCUAGUAAUUCCUGUUGGGGCUGAUUGUGGGCACUCUUAAUAACGUUAAUACAUUUAUUUGGGACCUGCUUCGACUGUAGGGCUUUCUUUGGCACUGAGUCGAACACAGCUUUAAAAUCCAGGAAAGCCAGGUAAAGUUCUCGUCCACUAUCCGAGAUUUUUUCAAUCUUUAAGAAUUAUCAUUGUUAUUUAGAAAAUGGAUCAUGUGUCUGUCGAUUCGGCCUGAAUACAACUCUUUCUUCUUCGAUCUCUUGUUCUAGAAUAAGUCUUAGGUCCGGUUCUCGAGCUCCGGAUUUAGCUAAGUUCUAGACUUUUUCUUAACAUUCCAUAAUAAUUCAAACUAGCUAAAAUUUUACUCUAUUUUCUCUUUAUUUUAUUUUGCGGUCAUAUUCUAGUUUUUCGAAAUUUAAUUCAAAAGUGGACUGCUACUACGCCCCGUUUCGAAAAGCCAACUUGCUCUCUGUAAAAAUUUGUAUUUCCUCAUAAAUCCAGAAGGUAACUUAUAUAAUGUUAUGCGUAGGCUAUAGAAUGUUACUUGCAUUUCAUACUCUGCAUAAAUCAUAAUACGCAUAUUAGAAAUAUAUUGCAGAACGAAUAACAAAAUAAAUAACUAUAAUUCUUCAAUCUCAAUUAAACUUUAAUGCAAGGUAAAUUUGGUCUAGAAUAGAAAUACAUUGGAUGAAUUGAAUGUAUUAUUAAUAAUUUCUUAUUAAUAAUACUAAAUAAAAGUCACCAGUAAAGAAACAUUAUUCGUUUAUUUUACAUUUCAACUCAAAACCAAAUUCACCAGAACACACACAUAUUAUCAUCACCAUCAUCAUCAUCAGUCUAAGUCCAACACACACUGUCACAACGCCUUCUGUAUUUCAUCGUCCAAGUACACUACACACUACACAUCAUCUCCCUUUCAAUACAGUGGAAUGAAAAAUCAUAAAUCGGAAUGAUUAGUACAUCUUCAGUAAGAAUACAAUACAAUUUUAAGAAUACAAUAAUACAACAAAUGAACAAAACAAAAUAUUUCAACAUUUGAAAAUCACAAAAUCUUACAAAUCUAUUUUCUUUGGAGGAUUUACUACUCUCCCAGAUCUAGUACAAUAUGGUUUUUUCGUGUCUUCAUUACAAUGUGCCAAUGUAUUCUCCUUAUGUGAAUCAUUAUUGGAGAUCAGUGUAAAUAUCAUUAGGCGUAUAUCCAGGCUUCUGGACGGUAGUCCGGAUUUGAUGCGAUUACGUAUUCAUGCAGAAUCAUCUGCUGAAUGUUUGAACGAAUCCUCAGUUGUCGAAUAGGCUUCAAUUUAGUUCUUCCAUUGAAGAAAAAACUUAUAAAACACAAAAUAAUGAAACAUGAAUUAAUAGGUAAGGGUAAGCGGUAGCCUAACACAUCACUAUAUCGUACAUUAAAACUGGCGAUGAACGCGAAUGAGAGUAUUAGACCAUACCGCCGCUUGGUCUGUGGUUUCUAAUUUACCGACCGAACUGAUCUUCUGUCUGCGCUGAGCCAAGGCGGAGCCAAGAUGUCUGGGUGGAAGGGCCACUGCGGCCUUUUGCACUACCACCAACGCUGCUAUUAUUGCUGUCUUAGGCCCAUGUUAUACGAGCGCUAAUGCCGCGGCGUUAUCUGGGCAAUGGUAUUUCCAUUAGUGCGCGCUAAAAACGCUGUGUAUAACUUGGUUAAUGCCGCGGCAUUAGCGCAUAGUCUGAGACAGCCAAGCAACCAUCCUGCACUGCGGAGCUAGGUCGAGUUUCAAUGAUGAUUCAGUGAUUCAAUGAUUUUAUUUAAGCCAAAGUACAUCAGUACAUAAGCCAGGUCACAUACAACAUUCAUUAUAAAUAAAAUACAAUAUACAAUGUCAGCUUUUAAAAAGUCCAGUGUCUAAU